UCCACAAAAAGAUGCCUCCCGAAGCAAUUGAUCUUACUUCCUGGCUUCUGCAGUAUUCCCCUAGUCUCCGAUGUACUGCACUAGAAGCUUGUGCACACCCAUUCUUUGAUGAACUCCGUGAACCCAAUGCUCUGCCAAAUGGUCGUCCAUUUCCACCACUAUUCAACUUUAAAGAAGAGUUAUCCACAUCACCUCUAGAGCUUGUUAACAAGUUGAUCCCUGGCCACAUGAAGCGGCAACUAGGGCUGCAACUUUCCCAUUCUGCAGGAACCUGAUGUUAAGCCGAGGGCACAGUAUUCUGGUUGAUAAGUUAACACUUAAGAGAGGGAGUUCCAUCUUUUGUGUAAUUUGGUAUGUAUUUUGCUGCACAACACAACCAGUGUAAAUUUUGCAUCCGGCCGGAACUGAGGCUCGGGUUUUUGGAUGGCUGCAGUUGAUCCAUCGGUUCAACCAACAUAUAUACCUACUAAUCUCCUUUUGCUUCUUUAUGGUGGAUCUAUAUUUCCCCAGGAAAAUGGCUCUGGGAUUCCAUGAUAUUUGUAAACAUCUACUUCUAGUAUUGGUCACAAUGCUUCUGUGAAGGGCAAAGUAAACCAGAGAGAAGAUGGUU